AUGGUUUCUACCUCGACAAAAACAGCGAUCCUGGUAACUUUGAUUGUGUUUAUCAUUCUCUUCAUCGGUUUUGGAGUCUUAUACAAACUUUUUCGCCCACGACAUCUCGAACUAGACGAGAUUAUAUCGAAUGAGCCAAAUCUUACGACUCCACUAAUUGAGCCUUGGAGCAACUCCUGGUCAGCUUCGUGGGCCAACUCGUGUGUCAGUUCCUGGGGAUGGCUGCGACGCGACAAACACGACCAACUCCUUCCAACAUCUCAUCCUCCCUCAAAAUCGUCUCUUGUUUAUCCACAACCCACAACAGAGAAUAUCGUGUCCCCGAUAGAGGUUACUCCAGCAGAACGACCUUUACAAUACACUAUUCUGAGCGUUGAGCUCGAACGAGCAGUCCCAAACGCAAGCCCUCCACUCCCAAGUCUUAAGAAAGAGCUGUGGGACAGCCAGUUGCUUAUCAGUCCUAAGCAUUGGAGGAUAGCCAACAAAUCGCGAAAAUCUCGACCACCCCGUAGCCGAAGCACAAGUCCAUAUCGACCGUCCAGUGGAUGCUUUCAUUCGCAGCCCAUAGAUGUUCCAUCGAAAAAACGCCGCGGAGAACGUCCGACUUUUCCCUUGCCAGAAAAACUGAUUUGGAAGAAGCUUACUCCCUAUGAGAGGGCUGGUAUGGUCUGGUACCGCAACGCCGCGUAUUGA